AUGUAAGUUUUGGAAAGUAGCGUUCUUGGCUGGUGAUAGCAAUACGCGCUUCAGAACUCAACGUGCGGUCUCCGAUAUAUCAAAAAGAGGAAAUUUGUCUCUACGACUCUCAACCAUUAGAUUCAACACAGAAAACGGUUUCUAUUUUGAAACUUCUAUCAAAUUGAUAGUCCAAGUAUUUCUCUGAAAGUUGAUUCUGUAAGAGAGACGCGGUUUUUGAAUUUAUUGCAAUAGCUUGAAAAGUCCCCGCGCUUUUCUUCUAUCUAGUGAUAACAGCAAAACUUGUUGAUUAGAUUUUCGAAAAUAUUUUCGAUCUCUAGAAUACCCCGCUCUGAUCCGUAUGGCCAACGAUAAACCGGCAUCUUUUGAAGAGAGGCGGCGUGGAAGUAUCAGCACACCUCAGGAGAAAAAGAAAUAUCUCGUACGGACCGAAAGAUGUGGUGACAUUACAGUGCAUGUUCAGGGUGAUAUAUCCCAGCAGGAGAAGAGGGCAGUAUUCCUCACAGUUCAUGAUCUAGGAUGUAAUCACUGGGCUUGGGAAGAUUUUGUGAAUAGACCAUGUAUGACUGAGAUAAAAGAUAGGUCUAUCUUCAUUCACAUCGAUGUACCAGGCCAUGAGGAUAAUGCUGAAGCAUUGCAAGAAUCCCAGUUUCCGUCACUGCAGACUCUGGGAGAGGACCUGGUGACUGUGCUGGACUUCAUCCAUGUGCGCUAUGUGAUCGGCCUGGGAGAGGGGGCCGGCGCCAACGUGCUCGCCCGUUUCGCCCUCGCGCAUCCGUCCAGGACUCUCGGCCUCAUCCUCAUCAACUGCACUGGCACUGUCACCUCUGUCAAGGAAAACUUUAAAGCCAAGUUCGUGAACUGGAAAGGAAAAGAAGGAUCCGUCAGUCAAUCAGCUGAAGACUAUUUGGUGUUUCACAAAUUUGGACAUAUGCUAUCGGAGCAACUGAUGAGUGAGAGCAACCCUGAUAAAGAAAAGGUCAUGGAAGAAUUCUUACAUCGCCUCAGAGACUCAAUUAAUACCAAUAAUGUUAAAUUAUUCGUGAAUGCAUUUUUGAACCGUUCUGACUUGCCACUGAAACAAUACAAAUCCGACAUUCUGCUUAUCACUGGAGUCCUUGGCUCUUAUGCAAAUGUGGUAGAAAAAUUGUACAAAGACUUGGACAAGAAUAAAGCAACUUUAUUGAAAAUAGAGAGAUCUGGAGAUGUUCUCUCUGAAGCACCGGCCAAGGUAGCUCACAGCAUACUCCUGUUCUGCAAGGGCCAAGGACUGCUGACGUCAAUCACUCUGCCUGGCAUUGAGCGUCAACGGACGUUCUCGGGAAGUUCGAACGAAGGAGACAAACCGAGGCGCUUUUCGAGGGGCAUGAGUAUGGAGGAGUAUGACAAGCCUAAUAUAAGGCGGCUCUCCAUCACCAUUGGAGAGAAUGCCGGAAAAUGAAUUGUUCCCUUCUAAUAAUAAUCGACACAGACUUGUCUGGAAUAGUUAGCAAAUAACAAUGAGAACUUGAUAGCAAUCGCAGCCUUUCAAUUGAGAAGAACCCUGUGUAUAAUAAUAUGUUGCAAUUCUUCUCACUGAAUAUACAGCUUCUUCUGUGUAAGAUAUAUAUUAUAUAAUAAUCAUCUGCUGCUUCAAUUUACGUCUAAAGCAAAAGCGUCUACACUGUACAGAGUAUUGUUUUGGUAAGCAUAUAUUAUCGAUUAGCCUACUUUUGUAAAUAACAACAUUUCAAUUCUAUUCAGAAUGAUUCGUGGUAGUAAUAUAUUAUAGCUCAUCAUUUCGAUCACCGGUAUAUGAUGUUCACAACAGAUAUAGGUAGUAGUAAUAAAAGACAUGGUGUGUUGUAUAGUUUACACUUCUGAAGAAUAACUUAUCAGAUACCCAAUUACGAAGCCUAUGUCAAUAAUCGAAUCAAGCUCUACUUAAGUUAUAAUGAACUUAUCAGUAUCUACUAUGAUUCACUUUAUUAUUAACUAUAGGCUAUAAUAUCAUCGCAACAUGGAAGUAGCAAAAUACCAUCUGAGUUGACCUAUAGGCUAUCUAAGACGAAUAUAAAGUAUUCUUUGAUUUUUCCACUAUUACUGGUUCCACGAUUUGAAUAACUAUUUGCACACUUAUGGAGAGAAUGUUUAAAUACUUUUUCAAUUCCACCACAAUCUAUAAAUACUUCUAGUACAUAAAAAAUAAUAAAUUCAGUUAUUUCAUUUGAGAACGAUUGGUUACCUACCAAAUGAAUUUUCAUGUACCGGUAUGAUUUUUAUGAAUUCAUUUUUUAUGAAUGUUAUGUAUUGAUGCCUAAUGAUUUUUGUAGAAUAGAAAAUGUCAAAAUCUAUUUACAGUUUACAAUAUGGUAGGAUACUAUCAUUGAUGACACAUUUAUUAUAUAAAAUGGUGAAAUAUGUGAAGCAUUCAAGUUUUACAUGAAUUGAAUAGGCCUAAUCAUUAGAGUUUUCAGCCUUUGGUGGAAGGCUACACUUUCAUAAUAACCGUAGCCUCAACUUUUUGUGAUGGAAAAAUUCAAUAUGGUUCACAGAAAAUCUUUCUAUACAACGAGCUAUAUCAUUUAGAUUGAACAUUCAAUUGCACUAGAAAAUAAAAGAAUUCUAUUAAUAAAAUUAAUAACACACUCCUACAGUCAUUGAACAUUCCAAAAUGUUUUUAUUCAUAAUACAGGUAAUUUCUACUUGGAGAACUUACCAAAUAAUUGCAGUUGGGUUGAAACUGGAAACAAUAUUUCCAAUCUUCUCAUGAAUGAAGUUCGGAGAACGUCAAAGAUUGAGCUUUUGAGUCAGAUCUUUAGAAGGAUAUGCCAAUUCGUUUAUAAUUUUAGUGCCUUCACAGGGACCAAACUCAUAUGACCACCAGAACAUAACCUUAUUCUAAAACUGUAACUAUGAGCUACCAAGUGCUCAUCUUAUACAUAUAAAUAUAAUAAAUUUGAAAAAUAUUCUUCCCAUUCUUCAGCAUAGAUUUCCUACACAGGUUCUUCAAUGACAAGAAUAUCUUUCCUAGUGUACAUUUUAUUCUCGUUAGAACCAUUCAUUGUAAACCCAUACUAUUAUAAUUUGGUUUCGAUCUAAGAACCAUAAUCUUAGAUUAUAUUAUGAUAAUAUAAGAUUGAAAUCCUGAUUCAAUACUAAUUAUAUUGUUUUCUGCAAUAUAUUCAGAAAGGAUCAAAUUUGAAGUUCAUGUAUUUUUACUAGGUUUAGUCUUAUUUCUUAUAACAGAUAAAAACUUGUCAUCCGAAAUGAAUAGUUCUAGGCCAAUUUAUUUUACAAUCGGACUCCCAAUCAUUUAGAAAGAGGUUUAUAAAGAAAUACCGUAAUGAAAAUAUCUAAUUGAUGAAUUACUCAAAUGUUCUUCAUCAUUAUCAUGUGAAACAUAAUCAUUGAUUGCAAUAUUUUACAAUAGUAUUUAGAUUAAAAUUAAUUUUGUUUUUGAUAAUGGAAAAGAAGACGAAAAAUCCUAUUCCAACUAUAAUAAAAAUUAUUUAUUGAUUCACAUGUAUGUAGGUUGAACACUGACUUUUUAGAAGAAGGCAUACACAGAGACUUCAUUUCUGCUCAUUUAUCCCAUAUUGCCUGUAAAAAUGCUGGAGAUGUGAACUUAUUUAGACAUCAACGAAAGAGGUAUUAUGGAUGAUUUUGCUACCAAAUGUUUACUAAAAGUAACAAAUAAAUUUUUUAUUGUAAGUUCACAUUAGUUUCACCGAUUCUAUAUCAAAAUAUUGCUUGAAUCUCAUUUACUGUACGUAAGAUCUUAUAUUAGGUCAUCUAUUUAUCAAUUUAUUCUAGCUAUAGGUUGAAUAUUUUUCACAAUAAUAUAUAGGUGAUGUUGCCACACACAAAUUCAUUCACCAUAUAUGAAUUAGCUUAUAUUUAUUAAUGUAUGUAUUACAAUGUUGAAAUUUUCUGUGCAGUAAAUUGUAGGUAAUAAUAGGUAGUUACCGUAGUGAGACUUAUGACAGAAGGUUAUUGUUGGCUAUAAAAUAAAUAUUGUUGUUUGAAAACCGGGUAGUCUAGUUGAAUGCUAUUAGCAAUGAAGUUCAUGUAAGUGCUAGGCUAGCUGACUCCAAUAAUAUGACAAUGAGUUCAAUUUAAGAACAAACUACACGGAAUUAACAACAGCUUUUCAUUAUAGCCUGGCUCCUGAAUUUCAUUAUCCAUAGGAAAGAUCAACAAUUUUAAAUGAAGAAAGUUGAUACCCUAUAUUCAUGGCACCAAGAAUUCCUGUUAUAAUUGCAUUACAAGCAGUUACAUUCAAUCAUGUAUGUAGCCUACUUUUUCAUAAAAAUGGAGUAGUGAAAACUGGCAUUAGGUAUUAGUUAUGAUGGGUCUACUUUCGUUUUACUACAUUAUCUUAUUUUCUGAAUUCAUAUAUUUUAUCAGCCUAUGUAAACUCAGUGUUUGUCUGAAGAAGUAGCCUAGGGUAGAUGAGUUUUUAUAUAUUGUACAAAUUAAUAAUUAUGAUACUACGGUAGAUAUACAUAUGAAUAUAAUAUUUAAUAGUAAUUUGCUGGAUGUAUAAGUAAAAUAAAAUAUUUAUGGAAAUAA